AUGAUCCGCGACGACGAAUCUGGUUAUGCCUCUGGGGAGUCCAGCCACGAGAGCCUGCCCGAGAUCGUAUUCUCCAAGGCUCAUCUCAAGUUCCUCAACCACCAGCUGGCCCAGCUCGAGCCCCAAGAUAUCCUCCGUUGGUGCAUCACUUCCCUGCCUGGCCUCUACCAAUCCACAGCCUUUGGUUUGACCGGUUUAGUUACGGUGGAUAUGCUGUCUAAGCUGGAUGGUCCCUUGAAGUCCAACGUCGAUCUCAUCUUCUACGAUACCCUCUACCAGUUCCAGGAGACUCUUGACCUUGUCGAGAAGGUUCGACAACGCUAUGGCAACACCAUCCACGUCUACAAGCCCCGCGGAUGCAACACGACUGAAGACUUCGAGGCCAAGUACGGCAAGAACUUUUGGGAUGUCAACGACGAGAAGUACGACUACGUUGCCAAAGUGGAACCCGCCGCUCGGGCCAAUGCUGAGCUCAAUGUCAAGGCCCUCUUAACUGGAAGACGAAAGAGCCAAGGUGGCAAGCGUGGUGACCUCGAUAUCAUCGAAGUGACUGACAGCGGUGUCAUCAAAAUCAACCCUCUCGCCAACUGGUCCUUCGCCCAAGUAAAGGAGUAUGUCGACGCGAACAAGGUUCCCUACAAUGACCUUCUUGACCGCGGAUACAAGAGCGUUGGUGACUGGCACUCAACACAGCCUGUCGCCGCUGGCGAGGACGAGCGCGCCGGUCGCUGGAAGGGAAAGAACAAGACCGAGUGCGGCAUUCACAACCCCCAGUCGCGAUAUGCCCAGUUUCUGGCGCAACAACAACAGCAACAAGAAGCCGAGGCGUUGGCGCAGCAGCUGGAGAAGACUGUGGUUGCAUGA